AUGGAUUUUGGAGAAGACCGGUACAAUUGUGAUGCUGUGCCCCCAGAUAGCUGUGACAAGACCAGUGGUGUUCUCUCUCUUGUAGUCCAUGAAGGCAGCCCACUGGGGGAGCUUCAUCGCUGUGUCCGAGACGGUGUAAAAAUCAACGUCCACAUCCGCACUUUCAAAGGGCUUCGUGGAGUCUGCACAGGGUUUUUGGUUGCAUUUGACAAGUUCUGGAAUAUGGCUCUGACAGACGUGGAUGAGACAUACAGGAAACCAGUAAUGGGCAAAGCUUUCUAUGCAGAACCUCAGCUCACACUAACCCGGCUGUUUGACAGACUCAAACUGCAGGAGUCCUCAGGAAAGAAGGGAGUGGACUCAAAGGCUGUCUCCAAGGAGCUAGCUCUGACCCAUGACUCUCAGACUCUGGGAUUGAAAGCUGGAUCAGGACGAGGGAGAGCAGAAGAGGAGCGUGAGAGGCAGAAACGCUUGGGCAGAGCUGGAGAAAAGAAGACACUGGGUGACAGUUCCCAUCUGGCUGCCAGAGGUGAAGCUGAUGUGGGUAGCAGGACUGCCCACACAGAAGGUGCCAGUGCUGGUGGUACCCGUGCAAGAAGCCAGUCACGGAGAAAAAGGCGGCCCAAAGUGGAUUAUCAACAGGUGUUCAGGCGUCAUAUAAACCAGAUUUUUAUUCGAGGAGAAAAUGUCUUGCUUGUCCAUUUGGCACAUUGA